CUCGCGCUGGAGCGGCAGGAUCAUGACACAAUUUAUCUAUGAAUCAUCUUUCUACCCAAUAAUCACUCUAUCUAUCUAUCUACACAUGAGUAGGAUCCCCUGUGAUUCUACACAAUAGCUGCAAAUUGAAAACACGAUUUUCUAGGGCCCCUUUCACUUUUCUCCCCUUGUGGUGUCCCCGUAUGUCGUGUGUACAAACGUCUGUAGAGACCUUUCAUUGCCAUCCUUCUACAACAUCUGCUGCAAGCCGGGGCUGACGAGACUCUGUGCAAUGGCUCCAAGAAGACAGCGCUACGCGUCAGCCCCCCUGGAGUCCAGAAGAAUUUGUUGGGCUUGAUGUGGUGGCCCUGUGUGGCCCCCCGGCCUGAUGGGGACCUGCGCACAGUCCAGCAACUGCUGAUUCAGACGGGCAAAUUGGAGGCAAACGUUCCCAACGGCGACGGCGGGACUUCAGUCACGUUCGCCAUCAGAGACAUCGACCGUUUUGAAGGCGAGGCGCCGUUGCCGUGGCAACACAGACCCAUCCAAGUGGUCAAACAACUUCUGAGGCUCUCUGCAAAUUUCUGGGUCCAAGAUCAAAGAGGAAGCUCAGCUUUCUGCUACCUUGCCAACAUCAACGGCAGACUGAAGGAAGACUUCCUCCACAUGAUCCUCGAUGCCAUAAGUUUUGCAGAUGCCGGCGCGGCGUCACCACUGACUCUGGAGGAACACCGUUCUGGUCAGGAUUUAAACUCAGAGCUUAGACUUUUGGACCUCAAGUUUGACCCGGAAAGCCUCAGCGAUCAGUCAGCUGCCAGUUCGCCCACUCAGUUAAUAAGUCCUCAAGACCUGUUUCUUGCCUACAGUGAGGAAACAUUCGCCUCUUCGGGGUGUCAACGUGACCAUUGGAAAAGCCCCAGAGAGGGAGACAAGGAAGAUGAGGAGAGUCCUCACAGAGUCCAAAACGCCGCAGAAACGCUGAUGGACUUGACUCAAGCCAGCCGGGAAGGAAUGACAGAAAGCAGGGUAAGUUUGCCGAGCCUGAACAGUAAAUGCAGCCGCCGGAGGCAAAUGGAUCCUGUUCCCUCAUCACGACAGCUGGUUGCGAGGAGCAACCGCCGGCCUGUGCCCCCAACACACAGGCAGAGAACAAGAAGUGUGGCUGAGGCAUCUACAUCCUCCUUUGGUCUGCUUUCCGUACCAGAUCCAAGCAAGCUCAGCCAAUCAGCUCCCAGCAUCAUGGAACCGCUAUUGUGUGCCAACUAUGUGCUUCAGGCCAGGACACAUAUUCAGACACGACUGGGGCCUCAUGACCCAAUCAAUCAACAAAAGGGUAAGGUAUUGGCUCUGCAACCUGCUCCUCCUUUCUGGAUGCCCAACCAGCUGGAACCACUGGACCUCAGGCUAAGAGACAAUUCUGCUGCAUCAACACAAAAGGAGAGUGUUUCCUUGAAACCCAUCACUAGGAGCUCCCUUUCCAGGACCCAUCUUAGGCAGAGGUUUUCGUGGGACACCCCAGGUACCAGCAGCCUCACCACCAGGGGUGGACGUGAGGACAGCAGUUCCAGUGCCAAUUUUACUGAUCCGGAAGAUGAGGAUUACGAAGGACAUACGUCAAAAAACACAGACUUGAUGUUCACUAAGGCCAAGGAUCCAAAGCAUCCAAAAGACAGGUGGAAUGAGCUCUGCAAUGGAGAGAUGCGGCAGAGUUUAAAAUCUCAGUCAAAAAGCAGUUCCAUUUCACUGGUCCAGAAGUCAACAUGCAUACCGAGACCAGAACCUGUGAACUGUCCAGCACAGGAUUACAACAGAAGCCCAACUAGAGAUCUGGUGAAACACAAAACAUCAAUACCAUCAAAACCCAAUUAUUAUAUUAACAAUGGCUGCACUCGGACCACGAAGCAGGAAAGUCCAACAAUCAAGGGCUACUUUGUGGGUAAACCUACAACUGCAAAGGAUUUCAAGAUAGGUGAUGAGCUCUCUUCUACAACUGAGGGUACCAAGUUAAAUAGCAACUCUGCUGUAGAGGAAACACAAUUAAAAUGCCCAAUUAACAAAAGCACGGAUCUCAGUCAAGUAAAAGUGAAAAAAACAUUCAAGCCUGUCCAAAGUACUACAAAAGAAACCACUGCAAACUGUGAAGUGAGGCCCAACUUGCCCAAAGACAGACUGGCACCUAAAGACAGAAGCAUCCUAAACCUGAAUAAAGCCCCCAAAAAACUCUCUCUUGCCAAUAAAUCGACAGAUGGUGCUAGAAGAAGCCUUGAGCAAAUUGGCACUGAAGAGGUUACUGAGACUUUGUCCAAGUCCAAGUCCAAGCAUAAAGCAGUUAAUAGGACCCGUCAUACCCACUUACUAGGGAACAGGGGCACAGUUAGUGCACAUGCCAGAAGGGGAAACCCUGAUGAGGUGUGCAACAGCACAGCACAACAGUGCCCAACAGCCAGUGAACUGAAGAACGCUCAGCAGUUCAAGAGUCCAGAAGCUGCUGGGCUGCAAAGAUCUAAAUCCGCUGUGGAUUUCAUCACAUAUAAGGACAUGUUUACAACUAUUCAGAGUGAGGGCAAAGGACCAGCUAUUUAUGAGAUGUUCGCCGGUCCUAUUUAUGAUCAUCUUAGGAAUCCAAUCAAAUGUGAGGACAAAAAAAUGCAGUCUCCUCUGUGCAGGAAGUCCCGAGAAAACUCUAAAGUCAAACACAGAUCCCUAAAACAAGUCCAUAAGAAGGUAAGCAGAAGCCCUGGAGAGACAAAUGUGGUUUUAACUAAAGGCAAAGCAAAACCUUUGCCCUCACGGGUGAAACCUCACCUCUUACAUGCAACUAAGGGGGCACACAAACGGGAGAUUAAUAAGAAACCAGAGACGACUGUAGUUUUCUCUAAUGCUCUAGAAAGACCGGAAGGGGCAAUGUUAUCCGCCUUAGAGGAAGAUCUUUACAGAGAGAACUCUGGAACGGUAAAAUCAGAUGAAAAAUCAAUUAGGUCUACAUGUAAAAUUGAUGGCCAUUCUCAGAUAAAUCUGGAAGAAACAUUUUUAAAUCCAGCAAAUAUCAGAAUUAAGCCAGGAAGUAUAAAUCAAAUUAUUCCUGAGUCAUCAAAAAACAACCAAGUCCCAAUGACUGACACCUGGACAUCUUAUGACAGUAGCAGCCACAUCGUCAUGUCACCAGUUUAUCAGAAGUUUCUGGAUGGCGUGGGGGAUGGGCCGCUUACAGAUGACUUGCUGCAAUGUCUGGCUGAAGAGUUGAACUCACUGGAUUUGAAAGAUAUAUCCAUUGACACAUAUCCUCAAAACCUGGAAAUGGAAUUCCAAAAAGGAGACGAUCACAUAUUAGAAAGGAAUAAAAACUCUGGGACCAUGUCAAUGGACUUGGCUGCCUUACACGGCUCUGGUUUGGAUGACACUAUAACUUGGACUAAGGGUGAAGUACUUGGCCGCGGAGCCUACGGGACAGUAUACUGCGGCCUGACCAACCAAGGCCAGUUAAUAGCUGUGAAGCAGGUGACGUUGGAUGCCUCCAACCCAGAAGCUGCGAGGAGAGAGUACAGUCGACUGCAGGGGGAAGUCAAGCUUCUUAAAACGCUGAGCCAUACCAAUAUCGUGGGUUUCCUCGGGACCUCCCUUUACCGGCACAUGGUUUCCAUCUUCAUGGAGUACAUCCCAGGAGGAUCCAUUGCAAGCAUCCUUCACAGAUUCGGUCCUCUGCCAGAGCGGGUUCUGGCAUUGUACACCCACCAGAUCCUGAAAGGGGUCGCAUACCUUCAUCUAAACGAGGUCAUUCACCGUGACCUGAAGGGAAACAAUGUCAUGCUGAUGCCCACCGGGGUCAUCAAGCUUGUAGACUUUGGUUGCGCACGACGCGUCACCUGCGUGAGCAACACCACUAACGGCAGCGGGGACCUGCUCAAGUCUCUCCACGGUACACCGUACUGGAUGGCUCCAGAGGUUAUCAGUGAGACAGGCUACGGCAGAAAGUCGGAUAUAUGGAGUGUGGGUUGCACAGUCUAUGAGAUGGCCACGGGGAAACCCCCCCUCGCACACAUGGACAAGAUAGCUGCCUUGUUCUACAUUGGGGCCAAAAGAGGAUUGAUGCCAUCUUUGCCUGAGGGAUUCUCGGAGGGUGCCAAGGAGUUUGUGAACAUCUGCUUGACACGCGACCAGAGUUUGCGGCCAUCGGCAGAUCAACUCCUCCGACAUUCGUUUAUCCCAAGACUGACAAACAGGACUGAGCUUACUUCUUGGAAAGCACGGAAAAAUAACUUCUGCGGUCACCCAGAUGGAUUAUGUGGGUGACAAGCGUUAGUGUUUGAUGUGCUUUUAUUAAAUUCCAUUGCUAAAAUUGAGUUUUGUGCCUGAAAAGACAAGGCAUUUUCUUGUCAGCUCAGACAGGGAAGCAGAAAUAUACAACUUAAGCACUCUAAUAUAUUUAUAUAGAACUGCAAAAUCAGAUUUUGUUGGUGUCAAUAUUGAAAAUUGCAAUCAAUUUAAUGCAACCCUUCAAUUGAGCUUCAGACUGUUGACAAAUCAUGAUUUGCUUUUAGAUACACCACUUAUGCCUGUUAUUGAAGUAUUUUUUUUAUAAUUGAUGAAUCCAGGUAAGCUUUUUUUUGCAUUGAAGUCGAGUUUUCCAUAAUUAGUUCAACUCUUGUCAGUUGAUCUUGUUUAAUGAUUAAACAAGGCCAAAUAACCAAGACCAUAGAAGAGACUAACUAGCCUUUUUUUUUUUAAACCAGAGAUACAUCUCGGGUACUAAUUAAUGCGAAGGGCAAGUAUCUUAAAAUACACUUCUGAAUUUGUUUCAGGUUCACAUAAUACACAGCAAUUACCGGUGAUAUAUCA